GCUUCUCUGCAAAAACAGGACACACAUAGACAAGUGUAAGGAACAGAAGGAAGAAGGCGAAGAUGAAGUUCCACAAGAAGCCGAAGCCAAACGAAGACAAACAUGAUGAGGACGAUGAGGACGAUGAAGCAGACGAGGAUGCCGAGGAAGAUGGAGAUGACGGAGAAGACGAGGCCAAUGAGGAAGACAAGGACGAAGAAGACAAGGAGGAAGACGAGGAUGAGGACAGGAGAGGGAUGGGCACAAUGAAGAAGAUGGAGACGGCGAGGAAGAUGCGGACCAAGGAAGGGACGAGCACAACGAGGAAGACAGAGAUGACCAGAAAGAUGAGGACAGUGAGGCAGACAAGGACGACGAGGAAGAAGAGGAUGACAGGCAGACAAGGAGAACGAGAAAGAGGAAGAAAUGACGGUGAAGAUGAGAGCGACGCGGAGGACGAGGACGAGGACGAGGACAGGGACAAACACAAUGAGAAAGACGAACACGACGAGGAAGAGGAUGAUGACGAUGACGAAGACGACAAGGAUAAAGACAGUGAAGACAAGGAGAGGGUGGUAACGGUCCAAUGAUUACAAACCAAAACAGAAGAGAAAAAAAAGUUCCUUAACUACAGCUCUGUCUACUGUUCAGCAUCAUGGUUGUUUCCACACUAUACCGUAAUUUCAUGCACAACCAUACCAAGUAGUACACAUUGUAUUGUCCAUCUGUGAGAUGAACGGCCAGGAUAUAAUCCCCAUCCCCUCCAACCUCCUUUCACUUCUAUGAGGAGGGUGUGUAUGGAUCGUUUUCAGAGAAUGGGCAUGAGAAUC